ACCCGUAUGCAGAAUAAUAUGAGCAACGAUGCCAUUAUUCUUGUAUACGAGCUGUGGAAAACAUGGCUUUGAUUUAUCCUGAAGAGGGUGAAUACCGCAUGAAUCGUGAUUACCUUGAGUAUAUUAGGAAAUGCCUUCAGGUACAUGGUUUCGAAGGAAGGAAGAAAUAUAUUUGGCAUGCUACAUCUAUGUUUAUAACUUUACUUCUUUUUGGUAGACUAUCGUAUGCUUUUAGACUAAUAACUGAACCAAAAAUGCUUGUGGAAAUAGUUGUGACAUAUCCUCUUGGAAUUAUGGCCGUAUUUAAGCUGCAUAUGCUAUAUUUUGAUAGAAAACGUGUUCAAUACUUCUACAACACUAUUUCGAACGAAUUCUGGGCUUACCACAUCGCAGGUCCUAAGCCAGAAGCAGAAAUUAAAAGAAAACAUUUUCUAGUAUACCUCUUAUUCGUAUGUGAAGUUGGUGGAUCACUUACAAUAUUAUUCUUCCUUUGCAUCAUCCCUAUUGUCGAUAUGCCAGGAGGAAAACUGCCACUGCCAUUUGUCAAUUGGACAAAAUUCGAUAUUUUCGACUCCAGUCCAAUACAAGAAAUCUUUCGUGUAAUAAUGAUCUGGAAUUUAGGUUUAUCGGUACUUUCAAAUAUGUUCUUUGAUGCAUUGUUUUUUUAUGGUGUCGAGCAUCUAAUUGGCCAACUUAUUCUACUAAAAGUACUGCUAGAGAAUAUUGCCAAAGACAUUAUGGAAGAGAAAGAUGAUUGCGAAAAGUUUUCUUCCAAUGAAUUCCAAAUGAAGGUGUACGGCAGAUUAAGGUUAUGCAUCGAUCAUCAUGUAAAGUUGUUAAAGUUUGGAAAGAAUCUUGAGGAAUUUUGUUCAGCAAUACUUCUGCCACAGUUAUUAAUGAUAUAUGUCUUGCUUGUUAUUAUUGGAUUUGUUAUAAGUAUUAGUAACAACGAAUUAGCUAAAGUCUUUAUACUCUCAUGUAUAUCAACAGCAAGUGUAAUUGAACUUGCGGUAUACGCUAUACCAGCAUCUGAUCUUCAAGUUGAGUGCUUGUCUGUUAUGGACUCCAUCAAAUGCUCAGACUGGUAUUUGUUUAGAGCUCCGCUUAAAAAAGCGUUAACUUUUAUGUUAAUGAUUUCAAAGGAUCCAAUUCUUAUUAAAGCUGGAGGACUCUACGUCAUCGAUAACCCAGUCAUAAUAGAAGUAGUUCAAAAAGCUUUUUCGGCAAUAGUACUCUUACGUGCUAUAACAGGAGUUAAUUAGACAUACUUCGGAAUGAAAAUCUAAAUUCACAGAAGACCAACAUUUUUUUUAAUUAAUUUUUAAUCCUUUCUCUAAUAUAAAAUGAUUAAUGUUGUAGUAUUUUUCUGCUUUAACUUGUUAACAAUAUCUUUCUUUUAAUGUAAAACCGUAUGUUUGGCAUAUUAAUAAUAAGCUCAUCUGCA